AUGGAUACUCGCGCUGUCGCCGCGUCGUCCCGGCAUCCGGAAACAGCAACAGCAACCGCUACCAACAUAUAUCCUAGAAUAGGCGAGUCUUCAGCUGGACCGUCAAACGCUCACAGGGAUUCAGCAGACCUGGGGCUUGUGUACCUCACCGAUCUUGUCAGCCCCGAAGGCAGGCCUGGUAGUACUGUGCAUGCUCGACAGGAUGAGGCUAUCCUUGCAGAGCCAGACCCAUUCAGUCAGGACCUUGCCCCGCAGGACAGAACCAGCUCAUCUACCUGUCUCUCUAAUACCACCGAUACGGUAACUCUCUACUUGAACGCCAUACAAAUCGUCGCGGCUCAGAAUCUGUGUCUGUUGGACGAAGGUCCAUCAAUCAGCGAGGAGGAUAUAAAAGAUAAAGACAAGACAAGUGCCUAUGCUCGGGGUCUGGUGAUCUUCCAGCUUGUCUGGUUCGCGAUGAGGAGUAUUACGCAGCUUUACCUCGGUCAGUCUCCCGCCCAAAUUGAGCUCGCAACGUUGACGUACGUCUUGUGUGCCUUGAUGGCCUACGCCAUGUUUUGGAACCAGCCUCAGGGGGUUGAACGGCCGAUACAACACACUGUUAAAGCGUCUCCGACUAAGGGGACUCGCCCAGUGACCGAUGAGGAUAUUCACUGGCUCAGCUUCUAUAGCGGGUCCCCUUUCCUUGAACGCAACUUCGUUCCACCAUUCGGCAUGGGUAGCACGGGAUUCGACGCCACUAAACUUCCGCCUUCUGACUUAUCGCUCACCUGCUUCACUACAUUCGGAGGCGUCCUGCUGAUGGAUGACGACGUCGCGGGCAUCAUUGUGGGAAUGAUAUUCGGGGCCCUCUACUGUCUUGGCUGGAACCACUCCUUCUCUUCAAAGUGGGAGCUAUGGGCAUGGCGUGCAUCCGCCAUUGUUAUCACGGGUUCCCUGGUCCCCUUCGCUCUCGCCAAUGCCCCAUGCUCAAUAUCUGCCCUCCAUCACCAGGCAGAUCGAGUGCGGCCAUCAACGCACUCUACACACAUUUUAUCACUCUACAUGUUACUAGUUUUGUACAUUCUUUGCCGGGGAUUCAUGCUUGUGGUUAUGGUAAGGGUGCUCUGGCUAUAA